GAUAACUCCAGCAAGCUCGUCAUAGAAAAUAUAGUAAUGAGAAACAGUUCGGCGCGUCCUCGAUAAUUAUAUGGCUAUUCCAUUUUUGUUUUGUGUAUGCCAUCACAAGUAAUGUCAAAGAAGGUAAUUUUGACAACUUAGGUCGAAUCGCAUCGUUAGAAUACACGUUUUAGAGUCAAAAUUUGUUAUUGUGGUCUGAUGCUUUUGCCAACUUGCCAACAUUCAAUCAUGGUUAUGCUUGUAUUGCGAGUUAGAAUGAAAAGGAUUAUCAACUUUGUCUAUGGAAUUUUCCUUGUAGUAAGUUUGUAGAAUGUUACAAAUGCUUGACUUUAAUGUACUUCCGCGAUCUUUUAUUAGAAGAGGAAAACUCGCGAUUUGCAAAUUUGAUGCCGUAAUGAAUUCGCAUUCUUAAAAAAAGUUUGACCAAAUAUUGCAGUGUAAAUUGUGAACAUGUACGGAAUGGCACUGGUAUCAUGUUAAGACUCUUCAAGAUGCUCUUUCCAACAUUCAGAUUUUUGGUUGUGACUGAGAAGCAAUCCACGAAGGUGUCUUCAAGUUGCAUAAUGUAAUUUAAAUAGCACGAUGAAUGAGCAGUCAGCCCACCAAAGUUGAGUUCUUUAUAUGCCUUGAAAUAGCAAAGCAAAUUACCAUUAUUGUUGAUGUUAUUUGAAGUCAAAACGUUCUUACAUUGGAGACAGCUGUGGAUUUUGAAAGCUUUGCUUAGCAAAUAUCCUGAAACAUAGGCAACAGCAUUUUAGAGCAAUAAAUUGUUGCCAAUAUUUUGUUCUCGGUAGUCAUUUUCACCAAUCAACAGUGAGUUACUUGGAGCUUUUGCAUGGAACAGUUUCCUUUGGAAGAGGUCAAAAGUGAACUAAAAAAAACCUUUCGAAAAGCUCUGAUAAAUUGUAUUGGCGUAGGAUUGUCAGAAUUACCUCCUUGCUGGCGUAUUGUUCCAAAAAAAAUUCUCUAGAGCAUCUGUGUUUAAUCUUCUGUGUGGAACUAUUGACGCAAUCGAAAAGCGAAUCAAAUUUGAAAAGCAACUCAGCUGUACUCAAGGCUGGUGGUGGUUGUGCUCCAAUUGAUGAAUAUGUGCAAAUCGAUGUAGCAGCGGUGUGGCUGAAUAUUUGUGCAGCAUAUUUAACUUGAAAAUUAAUCUGAAAAUUAAUGCAGCGACAGCGAUGUAACGAACAUAACAAUAUAUAUAUAUAUUAAUAGAAGCAAGAGGACAAUUUUAUUUCCUUACAACGGAAUCAAUACUUUAAAUUAUCUAAAACAUGACAAAUAUAAGGAACAUAUAGUUAAGAGCAUCUGGAAGUUAGCUACAAUCAUACAAUAUAAGAAUUUUCCCAACACAAUAUGGCAUUGGCAUUAAAUACAAUUGCACAAGUUUGCAAUUUCUCAAUGAACAUUUAUCGAGUGUUCGGGAUAUGACUAAAUUUGUCUGAAUUCUAAAGCACCAAAUCCAAUGUCAUACGAAAUAUCUUUUUAGUGUAGCCUGUCCGUUGAUAAAUUUCACAUUGUUCCUUCUUGUUUCUGAUUUAAAGACGUUCGUUGAGCGCUUCUCCGCUUCCGUUCUUUACAAAUAAAUAAAUACGAAUAACCUUGACCACACGGCCACGGCACAGCAUUUCUCAUACAGGUCUCGAUAGAAUUGUACACAUUGGUUGUACAUGAAAAAGCAUAAAAAUAUGUUGAUUGUAUGUUCCCAUUUCAGCACAGCUUUGAUUUGGUCGUCUCAGGAUAAAUAUUUCAACUUUUCAAGUAAUAACGCCAAGAUUUUUGAGUUGUACACUGCUACCCUUAUUUAGUGUAGCAAGUUUAUCUUGCUGCCAACAUGGCGGAAGUGGCGCAUGCGCAUUAAAAUUUAGGACCGUAUUUUUCGCGAAGUGGCCCUUCUGUAUGUAUCUAUUCUGUGGCGGAGGUAUAAUCUUUUAACAAUGGCGGUCAAUGAUCUUUCUUUAGUUAAGGAUUGGAUAUACAUACUAUGCAUUCCAAUUCAAACUAUUUUGGCCAUAAUUACUUUGGUGUUUGUUCGGUUUUGGUGGGAAAAAAGUAAAAUACGCAAACAAGAAAGGGAAAAGGAAAUGCUGCGAGAAGAAGACAGGCAGCGAGCUGAUGCAGAAAAGAUCGCGGAAAAUUUGGGUGACCGUUUCUUCGAUGUGGAAAGCAAGUUCCAUAAGUUGAAAAAAAGUCUUGACAUAUUGCGUAUGCGUGAAAGGACGAUAGUUAAUGAUUUGAAAGAAUUUCAUGUUUUGGUAUACAUGUGUCGCAAAGAAAAUUGGGGAAAAUUUCAUCAUGAAUCUAUUGGAGAGGCUACAGAAUCAGACCCCAGGGAUGACCUACUUUCAGAUGUUAAAGAAAUAAUAAAGUUCAUCUUAGACCUGCGAAUUAAAUUAUAUUCUACUUUGAAAAAUCAAGCAUGCCCAGAUGAUAUCAAGAGUGAAUUUUCAAACAAAAUCAAUGAAAUGGGGGACUACGUGUACAAUUUUGUGCCAAAACAUCAACAAGAUAUUAUUGAAAAAGUGAAAAACUAUUUCGACCCAGCUCAGACUGAAAUAGGUAUUGAAAUGCAAUCUACCACAGGUGAAUCAAGCCAUUCACCCACUGCAAAUCAACCACCAAAGAUUUGUCCUGACAAUGCUGCAAUAGAAAAUGCAAUCCCGUACCUUAAAUAUUUCAAAUACCCAAAAUAUGGACAAGAGAUGACACUGGAAUUUACUAACAGUCAUUCCGACAUUUUGAAUCCCACUCGUCUAAUUGAAGAGGGGUUGAUAAAAGAAAAUGAUGAGGUGUUACGUGAAAUUAAUAAGCUUUGGAAAGUUAUCGGAGAUGAACCACCAGGUGGAGGAUUGUUGCAUUCCAUAAGAAUGAUAAAUUAUAAGCUUUGUACCGACAAGAAUAUUCUAAAUCAUCAGGAUUUUCUUGAAAAAUAUGAACGUCCAGUUGCCAAUUUCCGCAUGUUCAUUGAAGAUAUAAUUGAUAAUGAUAUGCCAACCUCUGAAAAUGCGAAGCUUUGUAAGAAUAUGUUAAGGGAUGUGGGUAGUAUUAGCAUUGAGCUUCUCAAAAGGCAGUACUUAUCCCUACGUAACAAAAGUAAAACGGUAGACGUGUUAGAAAAUAUAACGUUGGAACUUCAAAAACUAAUAUUUGAAAUAUCAGAAGGUCAUAGUUAAACAAAUGAUAGACCAGCAGUAACACGAUUAUAUAAUUAAUUAGUUGUAACUUUGCAUGAAAAAAAUGAGA